AUGCUCAAACCCAAAUCCCUGUACGUGCUGGGAAGUGCCCUGCACGGAGCACAGUAUCGCUAUGGUGAAGGCGAUGUGAGCUCCUACGUGGGCGGGGCGCAGGGCACGGGGGCCUGCGGCUUCGUCCUGCCCGCGCCUAUUCCUGCUUCUCACUGUUUAAUCCAUGAGGGGAACGUGGUGGAGCUUCAAGUCCUGAUCCGGCAGCAGGACAAAGAUGAAUACAAGCUAUUUUAUCGAUGCCUUAAAAGUAAGUUGGAUGGGAAGAAAUGGUGUGGAAGCAUCCCGUGGCAGGAUCCAAAAGCUACCAAAGCACCAAAAAAUGUAGAAUCUCGGCCUACCACAGCAUUUCCUUUCAAUCCCAGUGGCCAACGAAAUCCAUUCAAAGUGAUAGACAAGAAUCGUGAGCCAUCUUCCUGGGUACAAGUUAAACAAGCUGGUGGAGAGGAAAGCAGAGCAAAAGAAAGGAAACAAGAGAAAGAGAGAGUGCUGGUGUCAGAUAAAGAAAAGAAAUCAUCCUUGGACUUCUCCACAGAGAGAGAGCCUCUAGAAGUACUGAAAGCUGAACAGAAACAAUGCAAGGGAAAUAAAAGUGACCCAGAACUUAAGGAAAGCAUCAUGUCUGAAUCUAAAGAUAGAGCAAAAAAGGUCCCUCGGGAUGAAGAGAAACAUGCUGACAGUGACAGGGAGUCUAAGAAGUCUUCUGAUUAUCUGGACAAAGAGGCAGGUGGAAAAUCCAAGUUCUUUUCACUAAACCUUGGAAAUCAGAGCACAAGCGCCAAGCAUGUGAAUGAGGGGCAGCUCAGAGAGAAAAACUUAAAAAGCUGUGGGGGUAAAGAAACCAAAGAGGAGGAGUGUGCUGUUGGGAAGAACCAAGACACGAAGAAGGAAGGAGCAGAGGUGGCGGCAGCACCAGCCCAGAUAAAAAUGAGGCCAGAGCUGGGACAAGCAUUUCAUGGUGACAGUGGUGAAGCAGUACUUGUUUCUUCCACAUCCGGUGAAGGGGAACCUGAGAAACUGGUGCUGGGUUUGCAGUCAGGAGAGGUGCUGCCAGGAGCUUCAGGGAGGAGUAAUCAGGGGGCAGCUGUGCCAGGAGCUGCACCAUCGCUUUGCCCAGAAGGACCACAGGAUCCUAAAGCUCUUCACAACCAUCUCUUGGUGCAGCUGAGGCAAAAGAAGAGUACACUGGCUACAGUGAAUGUGCAGCUCCUGCCAGAUAAAGGGGAACGGUUAUUAAAGCAAGUGCAAGAUUUGGAAACUGCACUCAGUGCUCUUAACAUUUCACCAGGAGACACUACAGAAAAAGGGGAGGAUAGUGCAAGGAGUGGCUGUCCCAAGGAACCUUCACCUGACCCCCGUGGCAGACCAGGUGGUACAAAGCUCAUAACACCGCUUCCAUGCCGGGAUCCUACAGCAGAGACCUCUUCGGGCUCGAACCGUCAACCCUCUGCUACUGCAGCUUUGGGGUCCAGUGAAUAUCACAGUCAUGGUUUUGGAAUGAACUCUGGCAUGCAGAGUCUGUAUGGAGGAAGAAUGACAGAAGACCUAAUGAGGGCUGUACACAGUGCUACAAGUGAUGCUAUUAAUCACCUUCACAAGUCUCUGGAGUCCUGUCCCACAGAGCAGACAGUGGCUGAAGAUCCCCCUGGGUUGAAGGUUCCACUGCUGCUGCACCAAAAGCAAGCGCUCGCAUGGUUACUCUGGAGGGAGAGCCAGAGCCCGUGUGGAGGAAUUCUAGCGGAUGACAUGGGCUUGGGGAAGACUCUGACAAUGAUUGCUCUCAUUUUGGUUCAGAAGAAACUGAAGACAGGGAAAAGGAAGGAGAUGUUAGAAAUAUGGCUCUCCAAAAAUGAUUUCACCGUAAUCCCCUCCCACGGCACUUUAAUAGUCUGUCCUGCAUCCUUGAUCCACCACUGGAAGAAAGAAAUUGACAGACAUGUAGGCUAUGGCAAACUGAGGGUUUAUCUGUACCAUGGGCCAAGCAGGGAUAAACAUGCAGAGGCGCUCUCUGAAUAUGAUGUCGUCAUCACAACCUACAGCAUUCUCUCCAAGGAGGUUCCCACAACCAAAGAGGAGGGGGAAGUCCCUGCAGAGGACCAUGAUGUGCAGAGUGGAUCACGUCCCUGUUCCCCUCUGCUCAGGAUAGCUUGGUCUCGAGUUAUAUUGGAUGAAGCUCACAAUAUUAAAAACCCGAAGGUUCAGACCUCUAUAGCUGUGUGCAAGGUGAGAGCCACUGCGAGAUGGGCCAUGACCGGGACACCAAUACAGAACAACCUGUUGGACAUGUACUCUCUGCUGAGGUUUCUGCGUUGCUCUCCUUUUGAUGAAUACAAGGUGUGGAAGUUCCAGGUAGAUAACAACACACGGAAGGGAAGAGAGAGACUCAGCCUGUUAACCAGGAGCCUCUUAUUACGGAGAACUAAGGACCAGCUAGAUUCAGCUGGCAAGCCCUUGGUAUCUCUGCCACAGCGUAGCACUCGGUUGCAUCAGUUAAAACUUUCAGCAGAGGAGCAAUCCGUGUACAAUGUGCUCUUUGCAAGAUCCAGGUCAACACUACAGUCCUAUCUAAAACGACAAGAGCAGAAGAAUCAGUGCAGAGAGUACUCUCAUGGAAACCCAUUCGAGAGAGUUGCACAGGAGUUUGGAGCCAGUCAAAAGGAACUUCUGGCAGGCUCCCAAAGUGUCUCCCAGGUCUCAAGUACCGUUCACGUCCUGUCUAUGCUUUUGAGGCUUCGUCAGUGCUGCUGCCACCUCUCCUUACUGAAAAUGGCUCUGGACCAAGCUAACUUGACCAGUGAAGGCCUUUCCCUCUCCCUUGAGGAACAACUAGGUGCUCUGACCCUGUCUGAGCUUCAAACUGCCGAUUCCAAGACAACUGUCUACCUCAAUGGCACAGCUUUUAAAGUGGAUCUGUUUGAAAUAACCAGGGAGAGCACCAAGGUAGCUCACCUCUUGAACGAACUGAAAAUCAUCCAGAGUCAUGCAGAAUCUCAGAAAAGCGUUAUUGUGUCUCAGUGGACGAGCAUGCUGAAGGUCGUGGCUGUGCACCUGCAGCGCCUAGGCCUCAAGUAUGCUACCGUGGAUGGUUCUGUCAAUCCCAAGCAAAGAAUGGAUGUGGUGGAAGAGUUCAAUAACAAUCCCAAAGGGCCUCAG